GCCACAGAACAGCUGACCACAGAACAAAUACCGCAUCCAGGAAAACAGUCUGGCACACAUUGGACCCACUGGCAUUUGUUUUCCUUCUGCACUCAAACCCCAUAGCUUCUUUUCCCGCAAACCCAUUGCGCUAGAAAAGAAAAAGUAGUGUUGCCUUUUACCUUCUCAUAAAGAAAACGAGCAGGUAUUACGGCGCUGGUGUGUCUACGCAUGCCAUCAAGGAAAUCCGCAAAGAAGGCGCUCGUUACUAUUAUUAUUACUUUUCUCGUUUUGUUUUCCUGCUGCUCGUAUUGGGCUGAUUGUCUCACCGUCUUACAAUAUUUCAGCUGAUCCACCAGUUGCGAGUUUUAUCGAUUUAUUGCUUCCUGUGUGUGUGUGUUGAUAUUUGAAGACGCACAUUUCGCGCUCUUCAAGUACUCCAUACUCGGUGCCGCAUUUUUUUUAUCGGCUUUUUUUUCUAGUAUUUGAUCACAUAAAUAUAUAUAUUUGCUUCUCUUUUCAGAAAACUGUGCGUUUUCGGCAACACCGUUAACGGGCGCGUUGACUGUCUUGCCGCUGAGUACCGUUUCUUUUUCUCCUUGGUUGAGUUUCUGCCUUGUAGGGUCGUUGCUCUCCUCUCCUCUCCUCUCCUGCCCCACCCUCUUCUCUGUCACGAUGCCGCCAUUGCUGCACACAAAGGCAGGGUCCGUGGAGCGCACGGAGGAGGAUAUGAACUUGCUCGAGCCAAAGCGCUCCGUUUCCAUACAGGACAUGAUAUACGGUCAGGUUGAGUUUCCACCAGUCAUUCGCCUGCUGACGGACUCACCCAUCGUUCAGCGUCUGCGUGACCUGAAGCAACUCGGUACCUCUGUCUACGUCUACCCGAGUGCGACACACAGCCGAUUUGAGCACUCCUUAGGGGUAUGCUAUCUUGCCAUGGAAUUGUAUCGCUGCAUCAUUGACAGCCACAGAGAAGAUGGUCGCGACUUCGGUGUGCCGGAGAUUCUGACAGUAUCGCGCGAGGCCGUUCAGAAGGACAUGUACUGCAUCGGCAUUGCGGGGCUCUGCCACGACCUCGGCCACGGACCGCUGUCGCACAUGUUUGAGUCUUUCGUGCGCUCUUCCGCUGGCGAAGAAGACGACUUCCUGCGCUUGUGGUCGCAUGAGCAGUCUAGCAUCUUGCUGCUGCGUCAGCUGUGGACGGACAACACGGUCGCGUUGGCGGAGUUUGGGUUCAACGAAACGGAUCGCCGCUACGUGGAGCUGCUGAUCAACGGCUUGAAGCCGGGCAAGCCAUGGCCGAAUGAUGUGGGUCGCGAAAGCUGGGCCCGAUUCACGACGGAGAUCAUCGCGAACAAGCGGAACGGGCUGGAUGUGGACAAGAUCGACUACAUUCAGCGCGAUUCCGUUUCCUGCUUCGGUACGCGGACUUUCACGUCCAUGCGCCGCCUCUUUCAAGGUGCGCGCGUGGUGAUGGACGCGGAAAAGGAGACCUCUAUCGGGUUCCCCGACAAACUGGACGGCAUCAUCGAGGAAAUAUUUCUCGCCCGCGCACAUUUGCAUCGCAUUGUGUACCAACACCGUGUGUCGAAGAUUAUCAAUCUGAUGACGCUCGACGCCCUGCGCGCGGCGGGCAACGCGUUCAUGGUGACCAACAGCAAUGGAGAGCAGUUGCCACUGCGGGCGUGCCCGUCCCGCACAGACUUUUACGUCCACGUAAGUGACUGGAUCAUCCAGGCCAUCCUCCACAGCCACAACGAGGAGCUGGCAGAAGCGCGAAGCAUUCUCCAGCGCAUUCAGAGCCGCCAGCUCUACACCACCCUCGGCACUUACCGCUACAACGAGGCAACGCUCAUUGAAGCAGCCCAUACCCGCUCCGUCUUCGGGUCGAGUCAGCAAAAGAAACGCAAGGUGAUGCUCGAUGACCUGGAGGACGAAAUCCAAGUUACAGAGCGGCAGCUGGCGGACAAGCUACGCAAGUGGUCUGAGGCGCACGACAAUCUGCGCGGCAUUGAAUUUUUACAGGCGGAGAUCACGCAGAGUGCCGCGGAUAUGGACAAGAUGAUGAACCCCGUGGAGGCCACUUACUUCUUCAACGCGCGCCAGUCCGCGAAGUACCGAGUGGAACCGCACUUUACCUGUAACACCACAACGUCGCUGGCAUCCCAACAAGGACCAGUCUCCUCAAUUGUCCUGGUGUGCCGCAUGCCUCUCACACCGGGAGAAAAAGAAGCCUUACGCCGUAGCUUCAACGUCGUAGCGGAUCGGUUAGGCACAACUGACAUGAACACCUUCUCAAGCUCGCCGCCCGCUACGCAAGGGCGUGACGCCAAGCUAUCGCAGCAUGACUCCGCCACGCAGGACGCCCAGGCGCCGCCGCAGGCUGUUAUCAGUGAUUGGCCGAGCUCGCCAGCGGCGAAGCGGCUUAGGUUCGAGCCGGAGGGCUGCUUACCGGGAGCGACGCUGAAUGAUGUCGCUGACAGAUCUGGCCUAUUGGUGGAUGAAAGCGCAGCGGCAGAAAAGAACGAGGAGGGGGAAAUAGUGUGA